AAGCGUUCCCUUCUGCUUCAACCCCAUUCACCUGCUCUCACCUUUUCCUCCAACUUGGUCCCAACCAAGCUUCGCGGGCAGCUUUUCUUCGCGCACUUCGGUCCCCGACGCUCUCCAGCAACGCUAACCGCCAGCAUGGGAAUCGAGGACGGUGUUUCCGAUGACAUCCGCGUGGUCACCGAGAAGUCUCUGCCGGCCGACGCCUCCGCAUUCGGCUUGGGAGCCUUCGCCGGCACCAUGUUCAUCCUCUCGUCUUACCUCGCCGGGUGGGCGCCGGACGUGACGUGGGUGACGGUGGCGCUGUUCUACGGCGGGUUGGGGCAGUUCGUGGCGGGCAUGUGGCAGUACAAGCGCAACUGCGUCUUCUCCUCCACCUCCUUCUCCACCUACGGCUGCUUCUGGCUCUCGCUCGGCCUCUUCUACUGCUUCAAGCUCUGGGGAUGGAUGCCGGCGGACUACGACGUGUCGGGCGCGGAGGCGUGGUUCCUGGUAGCCUUUUUCCUCUUCAACACGUACAUGCUGGCGGCGGCGUUCACGCUGUCCGUGGUGAACGUGGUGGUCUUCGGCCUCUACGAGCUUACGCUCGUGCUGCUCAUCAUCGGCGACUUCAAGGGCCAACCCGUCGACGGCGGCGCCUCCUGGAUCACCGCCGGCGGAUACGUCGGCGUCUUCACCUCCGUCGCUGCGUGGUACGCGUCGUUCGCGGUGCUGUUCAACGGCAUGGUCAACCGCGAGAUCAUGUACCUCGGCAAGCCGCUCAUCAACAUCAAGAAGGAAGAGUAGACCCUCCCUCACACUCGCAGGCGAGCACUUUAUGUAGGCUGCCUUGGUUGCGCCAGUGCGGCUGGCUCUAGAGUAAUCCACACACCGGAGGUGUAAAACAGGGAAUAGCCAUGAGAUUAGAGUUGUCUGGCAGUCCCAGCUAGAUUUGUGCUUUUGCAGUGUUCGCUCAGAGUAGCGCCUAGAGGAAUUGAGCCAUGUCAAAUUAUGGCAAAUGU